CACUACACAAAACUCCUCUCUUCACGAAUCCCAACCCAAACCCCAAAACCCACCAAACCAAACAAUGGAGUCCGUAGGUGUCCUCCUACCAAUCCCAAUGUCCCCUUACUUAGAACAAGAGCUCGAGAAGCGCUUCAACCUCUUGAAGCUCUGGACCGCCCCCCACAAGACCCAGUUCGUCAAAGACCACGCCGCCUCCAUCCGCGCUCUCAUCGGCAACGCCUCCUCCGGCGCCGACGCUGAGCUGAUUGACUCUCUGCCCAAGCUGGAGAUCGUCUCCUGCAACAGCGUUGGGGUCGACAAGGUCGACUUGAAGUACUGCAAGGAAAAGGGUGUCAGGGUCACUAACACCCCUGAUGUGCUGACCGAUGACGUGGCCGACAUUGCUAUUGGGUUGACUCUGGCCGUGAUGCGGCGGCUGUGUGAGAGUGACCGGUAUGUCAGGAGUGGCCUGUGGAAGAAGGGUGACUACGAGUUGACUACAAAGUUCACUGGAAAAACAGUUGGCAUCAUUGGUUUGGGAAGAAUUGGCAAAGCAGUUGCCAAGAGAGCUGAGGCUUUUAGCUGCCCCAUUGCCUACUUUUCCAGAACAGAAAAAUCAGAUUUGAAGUACAAGUAUUAUCCUACUGUUGUGGAAUUGGCGUCUAACUGUGAUGUUCUAGUUGUUGCAUGCCCACUUACUGAAGAAACCCGCCAUAUUAUCAAUCGUGAAGUCAUUGAUGCGUUGGGGCCAAAAGGUGUUCUCAUUAACAUUGGGAGGGGUCAUCAUGUUGAUGAAGCUGAGUUGGUAUCUGCACUGAUAGAAGGUCGAUUGGGUGGAGCUGGCCUCGAUGUGUAUCAGAAUGAACCAGAGGUACCGGAGCAGCUGUUUGGGCUUGAAAAUGUGGUGCUCUUGCCUCAUGUAGGAAGUGCCACUACAGAAACUCGCAAUGCAAUGGCUGACCUUGUUAUUGGGAAUCUUGAGGCGCAUUUCUUGAACAAACCAUUAUUGACUCCUGUGGUUUAACAGUUUGAGCAUCCAUAUUUAAAGCCCAUUGUAAUCAUUCUGAUCUGGCACUACUGUCUUCUUCAAUAAGUAGGAUCAUUGUUUCUGGAUUGGCAAACUCAUGUUGAAACAGCUUAUUGAUACUAGUCCACUAUUGAGAUUAUCUCAUGGAAACUUUGGCUUUUCGCUU